ACUAUAAAGGAGAGAGGGAAAGAGAGAGAAAGCAAAGGAAGAAAAAUCUACAAAUCCAAAUUGCCUUAUCUCUUGGCCUUCUUUCUCUUUAUUAAUUUUCAAAUAUUUCUUUUUCUUUCAACAAACAACGUCUUGUCAACGACCCAAAGCUAAGCAGUCCGCUUGCCAGUUCAGGCUUCAGCUUCCCCUUUCUCUCCUCUCCUUCCUAGCGUUCAACCUUUGUCAGAUCAUUUCAAAAUUCUCAGUUUAUAUCUUGGUUUUUCGGAAUUUUUUUGGCUAUUUUUGUUGAUCUUCUCUUAACAUGUGCAAGUCUUGGUGCAAUUUUCACUUCAAGGCCUCCUUGACAUAAAACUGUAAAGAAUUUCGAUGUUCUUCCCUUAUUAAUCCAAAGUUCAAGUCUAGUCAUUUGAUGUGAAAAUGGUAGACUUUUUGCAGUAAAUGAUCAGUAGGUAUCUUAGCCUAUACUCUUUAGGGUUUCUAUUGCCAUACGCUACUUCGUUCUUUAGGGUUUUACGUUUUCUUUGUCUGAAUUUUUUUUGCUAGUUUGGCUCACUUGGUUUUGUUCAAAAAACAAAUAAAAAUCAUGGAAGAAUAUAAUCAGCUAAACGAGAAUGGUAACCCGAGGGGAAAUUUCUUGUACGCAUCUCCAGUUCUCGCACCAAAUUCUUCUCCAUAUGGGAGAGCAAGUAGUGGCUCUAACGUGACUAAUCAGCAGACCCAGAUGCCUUUAACUUCCUUCCAUCUUCAAUCAAGCGAGUGCUAUCAAUCCGAGGCACACCCAAUUGUGAAAACUGAAGCUAGUACUUCACAACAUGGCCAGAAAUUUCAGUACCCUUUGUUGAGAGGGCAUCAAGCAAUUCAUCACCAACAAGAAGGGAAUGAAAGCUCCAGUGAAGUAGAAGCUAUCAAAGCCAAGAUCAUUGCUCAUCCUCAGUACUCUAGCCUCUUGGAAGCUUACAUGGAUUGCCAAAAGGUUGGAGCUCCGCCUGAAGUAGUAGACCGGCUAGCAGCUGCUCGACAAGAGUUCGAGGCAAGGCAGCGAUCUUCAGUGACAUCGAGAGACAACUCCAAAGACCCGGAACUCGAUCAGUUUAUGGAAGCUUAUUAUGACAUGUUGGUGAAAUAUCGAGAGGAACUAACAAGGCCAAUACAAGAAGCAUUGGAUUUCAUGCGGAGGAUCGAGGCUCAACUUAACAUGCUCAGCAAUGGUCCCGUGCGGAUCUUCAAUUCUGAUGAGAAGUGUGAAGGAGUUGGUUCAUCUGAGGAAGAUCAAGACAACAGUGGUGGAGAAACCGAACUACCUGAAAUUGAUCCACGUGCUGAAGAUCGAGAGCUGAAGAACCACCUAUUGAGGAAAUAUAGUGGUUACUUAAGUAGUCUCAAGCAAGAACUCUCCAAGAAAAAGAAGAAAGGGAAACUACCCAAAGAAGCUAGACAGAAGCUGCUUAGUUGGUGGGAGUUGCACUAUAAAUGGCCAUACCCUUCGGAGACAGAGAAGGUGGCAUUGGCUGAAUCAACUGGUUUGGACCAGAAACAAAUUAAUAAUUGGUUCAUAAAUCAAAGGAAGCGUCACUGGAAACCUUCUGAAGACAUGCAAUUCAUGGUGAUGGAUGGUCUGCAUCCACAGAAUGCAGCUCUAUAUAUGGAUGGUCACUACAUGGGUGAUGGUCCUUACCGUUUGGGGCCAUGAUAAUGUGCAAUACAGCAUUAUAGGUUACGUGUCUCUGCAGGAAGUUAUAUCUGUGAGUGUUUGUUUAGUUACAUUGCAGUCAUAUAACUCAAUAGUAUAUGAGAUCUUUUAGUCUUUGGAAGUUUCUUUUCAUUUGAUAGAAAUCAGGGAAGCCCAACAACUUAAUCUGGUAUCAUUGAAUAUCAAACAUCUUUAUAAUUUGGUGCAUGCCUACUCAUCGUGACGAUCAUUGACGGUGGGGAUUUUAAUCGUCAAUAUUGUGCCCUUUGCACCGGAUUCUGGAUGUUUGCCUUGCUUUCUUAUGUUAGAAGGUAUGAUUUCCUUCUUUGUAACUGUAUUGCUUUCUGAAAGUGAAAAGUAUGUAAGGAGCUAUUGCUUCCAGACAGAUGUAAUCAUGUAAUCUAAAGUUGAAGUCUUUAUGGGGCAGUACUACCUGUUAAGUGUAUAUAGUGAGAAAGUAUGAACGGAUCAGUUAAUGAAGUUGUAGUACUUGCGAUCUUCAUCUGUCCUAAGCCUUGCCAGCUUCAAUCAGCUGGAUGCUAUCUUACACUUUUCUCUCAUAUUGAUAUAUGUAUACAUCUUAGAACUUGUUUUGACUCU